CCGCCGUUUCCUGGAAGCACCAGGAACUCCCGAUUACCGGACAACUUGCAAUUGUCGGCAUCAGUGUCGCACGAGAAGUGGGAGAGUGCGUGUCGUCUUAUCGUCUACAUCUAGUAUCAUCGCGAAUCGCGUCUAUAAAACGGAGAAAAGUUUAAGAAACAGUUGAAAAUGUUCGCAGUGUCUACUAAUUGUUUUUGAGCAAUGACGACAAAACCACCAAGAAACUAGCAGCAAGUCCGAUGUUGAAAUAAAGGAAAACAAAAAAAAACCGAUAUGUCCGAGAGUGACGAUGAAUCCACCAGUGGGGCCGACUGGCCUGUCACCGAGGAGUGGCUACAAGUCGUCCUGAAGGAACAUCACAAAGAAUUACCAGAUGCUUCGAUGAUCACUGUUUUGGAUUUCAGCGUGAGACCUGGCUGCGAAACCGGAGAAAGUGUCCUUAGCGAUAUUCUGGCGGUGGCUGUCAAAUACAGUUUAAGAGAAGAACCAGCCGGAUCAUCGCACAGCCUGAGUUUCAUAAUAAAGUUGCUCCCGCAAGACCCAUUCAGCAGAUUUUUCGUGACUGAAGCCCAGUUCGAUCUGAGGGAGAUAAAGUUUUACACGCAAGUGGUCCCAGAUUUGGAAUCUUUCAGGCAAAAUAUCGGCGAUGACUUAGACUUACGGCUACCCAUCCCGAAAUGUUAUUACGCACAUUAUACAGCAGGAACCAAUGAGCCAGAGCCGACGCCGCCCGAAUCCGUCCUAGUUCUCGAAAACAUCAAACCGAUAGGCUUCAACAGUGCAGACUUCUCUCGUGGCCUCACCCUCCGUCAAACCAAAUCCGCCGUCGAAGCCGUUGCGAAGGUGCAUUCGCUUUCGCUCUGUCUCAAGAUCAAAGAAGGCAAAAGCCUAUCGGACCGUUACCCCUUCCUGUUUCAAACUAUGCGAGCCUCGGACAGCUAUCAGCAAUUAGUCGAGCGAGGCCUGCCGCAGCUGUCACAGUUUCUGGAAAGACGUUCAGGUCUGGACAGCGUGCUGGCCGCUCUGAAUGAUCUCAGACCGCACACCAAGAACAUCAUCGAGAAUCUCCUCGCGCCCGAAGAACCGAUGGCUCUCAUCACUCACACCGAUUUCUGGUGCAACAAUUUGAUGUUCAAAGAGGACGAGAAAGAGUGUCUUUGCGACAUACUGGACUGGCAAAUGGUGACUUACAGCCGACCGACGAACGAUCUAGCUCUGUUGCUCAACAGCAGCAUAUCGGCGGAGUUGAGGAGGUUGCAUACGGACGAGAUUUUGGACGAGUACUGGGAUUCGCUGACGUCCAGUUGUCGGAAGAUGAAAGUGGAUGUCGAAGCAGAAUUAGGAUAUGACAGAAAGAAGCUAGGGGAGGAUUUCAAAAGGUCGCAGUUGCUAGCGCUUCUACUCUGUAUUGGGUCAGUCGAUCUGGCCAUUGGAAACGUCCAGAUGGAAGACAGACUGUUGGAGUUGCUUCAAGAUUUACACGCUGACGGCCUGCUGUGUGCCGAUUUGGCGACAAAAGCUCAAAAUUAAGUGUGAUUUCAAGUGAUAUUUGCUCUUAGGAUAUAAGUAUAUGUACUGAAAUUAGUCGAAUGCUUUCUGGAGUUGAGAGAAUGCGGACGACUGAAUUCUACUGCUUCGAAUGUAUACCGUAACGUAAUGUUUUGAAAGUGUCACAAACUUUGCACAAUUCACUUUGAUUAUGACUAAGAUCAUCUAUAGUAGUGUUUCGCGAUUACAAAUUGUAAAAGCGACAUGAUUGCUUUAGAGUUUUAUAAAAAUAUGUUAUAUUAUACAUUCUUUGCAACAAGAAAUAAUUAACUUUAGGAGUCAAGCCGUCAAAUCGGAAAAAUGCAGGUACAGAAAGUGUAUUUAUUAUAAUAUAUCGAAUGAAUCUGCACAAUCAUAACAAAAUAGCCUCUCAUUGAAACUAGAUUUCAACCUAUCACAAAGUCAAACGUGCAUUUUUCUUUGCAGGUUAUUUAGAGAACCUCACUAUAUCAGAUACAAAAAAACAUAGAGGUUAUUUCGCUUAUACAAACUAUUUUUGUGGCAUAUUUUGAAAUGAGUUCCGUGUCAGUUUUUUCUGUAAACUAUUUUAAGUAGACUAGAACACUUUUAACAGUUAGAGUUGAAGUUUGGGUGUUAUUUCUGCUGAUAAAUUGAUACAUAUUCAAUAAAACCAAGUUUCUACGAAA